AUGAAACCCAAGCGCACCCUUCCCACGAUAGCUCUAGCGACCACAUUACCUACCGCCUCUGCUCAAACCGCCGAAAGCGGCCAACGCACCCCAACCCUAACCGAGACCCUCCAAGCCCUCAACGACAGCCUGUCAACACUCAACAGCUACAUCCAGACCCAACAAUUCCUAUUCGCCGCCAUCAACGGGACCUCAGGCAUCACCAUACUAGCGCCCAGCAACGACGCGAUGGCCGGACUGUUUGGCGGUGGCAGCGGCGGCGGUGGGGAAGCCGUCACUAUGAAUGACUUGAAUAACUUUGAUCCGCAGCUGGUGGAGGCGUUUUGGAACUAUCAUGUUUUGAGGGGGGUGUGGUGGACGAGCAACUUGACUGCUGGUACUGGUGGUGGUGGUAGUAGUGCUGCAGCGGCGGCAAAGAGAAGAAGGAAGAAGAGGGAUGAUAGUGUGGAUGAUGAUGGGAGCGGGAUAGAUGGGAACUCGCUUUUCAUUCCAACGUUGUUGGCGCCAGAUAUUACGCCCUAUGCUAAUGUGUCUGGUGGCCAACGAGUCAUCGCUCGUUCGAGUUCCUCUAGUGAUGGCGGUGGUGAGCCGGUAGUUACCUUCUACUCCGGCAUCAGUGGGUCUGGUGGUUCACGGCAAAUAACCAAAUCAACAAUAACCCAAGCCAACUUCAACUUUUCCGGGGGCACCAUUCACAUAAUCGACCAUGUCCUCUCUCUCCCUUCACGACUUAACGACACCCUCGCCUCUUUUGGCCCCUUUUCUUCAUCAACCAGCCAAGACGACGAAAUAUCCUCCUCCGCUUCUUCCCUCCUCUCCUUAACUGCCUCUGUCGGCGCUUUAAGUAGAGCCAACCUCACAGACGUCUUCAACACCAAACAAGACAUCACCAUAUUUGUCCCCUCCAACGACGCCUGGAAUGCAGUAGGAAGCGUGGUAUCGGACAUGGAUGAGGACGAGCUGGCGGAUAUCAUGGCCUAUCACGUGCUGAAGGGCCAAAAGGGGAAGGUGUUCUAUAGUGAUUUGUUGGUGCAGAAUGAUAACAGUGAUGGGGAGGCUGGCGGGCCAGAGGGAGGUGAGGAGUUUGAGAAGGACUAUGAGACCGUGGAAGGGGGGACACUCAAAGUAAGGGUCGUCGAUGGGUCGACAUCAACGGAGGAUGGGACAAAUGCUGAGGAGGAUGAUGAAGAGGAGACCAGUGGAAGUGGCAAGCAGGUGUUUGUGAAUGGGGCGAGAGUGGUUAAAAGUGAUGUGCUGGUGGAGAAUGGGGUAGUUCAUGUUGUUGAUGGGUGA